AUGGCUUUGGCGGAGGAAUUGAAAGCCAUUAUUGGAAGGUUAUCCCUUUGGGAGAACGAAUCUGUCAGGCAUUCCACAAUUUCGCUGAUCACCACCCCGAUUGACCCUUUCCUGACAAUCAUUGGCAAACUCUAUUGUCCCAGGAUUGUUUCGCAUGAUGCUAUUGCCAAUCAUUGUCGCAAUAUUUGGUCUGUCCGACACGGAUUCACUGUGCAGCCUGUGGGGGAGAAUACGGUCCACAUCAAGUUCAAUGAUCAAAUCGAUCGCGCUAGGGUUCUUCAUGGAGAGUCUUGGCUGUUGGGCAGGAAACAUUUGUUCGUUUUGAAGCCACAUGAUGAUCUAAAUGCUGAUUUCAAUAUGUGUCCAUGGUGGAUACAGUUACAUCACCGUCCAAUUGAUGCAAAUCGCAACUGUAUUGGUAGGUUUCUCCGUAUCAAAGUGAAUAUGAACAUCACAAAGCCCCUGACGCACGUUCUUCAAUUCGAUCAUGAAGGAAAACAACUCACAAUUCCACUAUGUUAUGAAAGAUUGGCGGAGUGGUGCUAUCAUUGUGGUAUUAUCGGCCACAUUGAAACUAAUUGUCCAACCAAGCCAACGCAUGUCGGAAGUUCUUCACUUCCUCCUGAAUAUGGUCCUUGGCUCAAAGCAACAGGUUAUUUGAAUCCAUUUGUCUCCCGUCGUUCGGCGCAAGAGCCCGAUCCUUUUCACGUUCCGGACGAUUCCGAUGAGGAAGCUCCACCUUUCCAUGAAUGCCAAGCACACGACCUACCUUGUCCACCCAAGUUAGCUCUUCUCUCAAUCAAUCAAUCCAACACAACCAUCUCUCAUCCUUCUGAUAUCCCUCCUUUACAGCUCACAAAAGUCAACCCAAAAACCCUGCCUCACUCCGAGAAUCUUACCAAUACCAUUUCUCCUGAUUAUCCUGCUCCUCCAACCAAGAUCUCCCAACUAUCUGCCCUCCCCUCUAACAGUUCUAUUUCCACAGCAUCCAUCUCCUCACAACUUCCCAACACAAUAUCUGAGAAUGUCUAUGCUUCCUCUAAUCCUAGCCCAUCAGAUACUACAAAUCUUCAACCCCAUACUUCCGACUUAGACACUCCCCCCUUGUCUCCCCCCUAA